AUGCUGGAAGCAAGACUCCAACAGGCUAACGUCCUGAAGAAGACGGUGGACGCCAUCAAGGACCUGGUGCAGGACUGCAACUUCGACUGCAAUGACUCGGGCAUCGCCCUGCAGGCUAUGGACAAUUCGCACGUCGCCCUCGUGUCCAUGCUGCUCAAGGCCGAGACCUUCCAACCCUAUCGAUGCGAUCGGAACAUAGCGCUCGGUGUCAACCUCGUCUCGCUGACCAAGGUCCUGCGCGCCGCCCAGCCCGACGAUGUCCUUACCAUGAAGGCCGAGGACGCGCCCGACUCGCUCAACAUCCUCUUCGAGAGCAGCGAAAACGACCGCAUCACCGAGUACGACCUCAAGCUUAUGGACAUCGACCAGGAGCACCUGGGCAUCCCCGACACCGAGUAUGCCGCCACCAUCUCUAUGCCGUCGGCAGAGUUCAAACGAAUCUGCACUGAUCUGAUGGCCAUGUCGGAAUCUGUCACGAUCGAGGCCACCAAGGAUGGUGUCAAGUUCUCCUGCACAGGUGACAUCGGCAACGGUGCCGUUACACUCCGCAACCACCAGGUCGAGGAGAAGCCCAAGGAGAACAUUGAGAUCGAGCUGACCGAGCCCGUCUCCCUCACCUUCUCCCUAAAGUACCUCGUCAACUUCUGCAAGGCGCAAGCACUGUCCGACAGCGUCCGGAUCUGUCUCUCGAAUGAGGUGCCCCUGCUGGUGGAGUACCUGGUGUCUGGGCAAAGUUACCUGCGAUUCUACCUCGCACCAAAGAUUGGAGAUGAGGAGUAG